GUUAGUGCAUCCAGAUUCCAGACCAACAGAUUCGCUGUCAUCGGUAUUGCGUACACAAGAGGACAUUUUUAUAAAGAAAAAAUCGCGUUUUUUGUGUAUAUUUGCGGGCUUCAAAAGCACAGUGGAAAUAUUUGCAAACGAGAAAACGAGCGGUGAGAAGAGCGAAGGAAGCAGUGCACCGUGGUGUGACGCAAAAUCUGGCAAGAAAAAUCGAAUUUUUCCUCUGCCAAGCAAAGUUGGCUGCUACCAAUAUUUCGCCUUCUGGCAGCAAUAAUUCGCAUCAAAAUCGGCACCAUUCUCGGUUACUGUGGAUCAAGCCCCGGAAAGUUUAGUUUGAGCUACGGCAAACAACUUUCUCGGCUGCGAAACACGACUGCUUACCCGUCGAAGUGUUGGGCAUUUUGUGUGCAGGAUUUUUCAUCCUCUGCCUCUGCGUCGCUCUGACCUUUGGCUUUUUAAGGAAUUGGAUUUCGAAGGCCAUCCGCGGGGGUAACACCACAAUGGGCGAACACUCGUUACCGGGGCAGUCGUCAGCAAGCGAACAACAACAACCAGUUCCGGUAGCACAGUCAAGCGAAUCGGCUGGUACAUCUGGGCGGCAGCAACAUCAACAGCAGCAGCAGGGCGUACAGGAUCUACGGGAAAUUUGCCAGCUGCUUUGGGGAUCGUCUAUCCGGCAGGAAGUUUUUCGUCGCUGGUCCCAGGGGUUCGAGUUCAGCGAGAGCGAACCGUCGGCACUGGUUCAGCGUGAUGGAGGGCCAUGCUGUGUGAUUGCACCGGUGCAGGCGUACCUGCUGAAGAUUCUGCUAAUGGAGACACCUGGGCACAGUUUUAGUGAUCUGACCACGGACAAGUGCAAAGCACUGCUCAUUCAAGCCAUCUGUCAAAUACUGACCAAGUGCAAAAUGACUAAGUAUCGAGUUGUCAGCCUAAAACCACGGCAGAAUCCUGUGCACGCUGGUGGCAGCGUUUGUCCCGUCCCGGAGACCGAUGGCGAUUCGGAGAUGGUUGACGCGUUGGAAAAUCUUCCCCCGAACGAGGACGUAGUCGAAGUCGGUGUGGAAGCGAUGGCACCUGCAGCAGAUGUGGCUUCCGAUUUGGUUAAUCAGAAUACUGCUGCCGCUUCGUCGGAUGUUGGGCGGGCCGUUGCGCUUGAACCGUGGACUGCAGAGGCGUUUCACGAGAGGCUAACCGUCACCGAGCUGGAACGGAUCGAUGACGUAGAAAAGUAUUACGCCGGACACUUCCAAGUGCUGGCCGAUGAGUGCGGUGUUCUACUGCUUUUGUAUACGGUUCUAUUGACCAAGGGUCUUGAUAACGUUUUGAGUGAAGUGUCGGAUACUUCAGAACCACUGAUACACGGUACCUACGGUUAUGGUAGCCAAGCUUUGAUCAAUCUCAUGCUAACCGGGCGGGCUGUUCCGUACGUCUGGGACAAUGAGCAAGACGUCGGCGGGUUGAAACUGAAAGGCAUCACGCAACAAUCGGACAUUGGCUUCAUAACUCUGAUGGAACAGAUGCAGUACUGCACCGUUGGAUACUUCUACAAGAACCCGAAAAGUCCGGUUUGGGUGAUGGGCUCGGAAACACAUCUGACGGUACUCUUCAGUAACGAGAAAAGGCUAGUUUCGCCGGAGACGCCAAGCGAAGUUGCUCGACGUGUGUUUCGACAGUUCGAUACCGAAGGCAGCAACUUUAUACCGAGUCCGCUACUGCAGGAUGUGCUGUGCGCUCUGGACCUGGUCAGCGAACCGGAAUACGUGGAUCUGAUGCGCAAGAAACUGGACCCCGAGAGUCUCGGUAUCAUUCUGCUGAACGAGUUCAUGUACGAGUUCUUCCCGACGGAGAAAAAAUCAAUACCGGACACAUUCGAUCUGCUGCACUACAACGGUAUUCCCAACUCGAACUGUGAGAAUCGGGUACGCUACGCCAAAGGGCACGCGAUCCUGCUGGAAAGUGACGUGCGCAUGUGUAACCCAUCGGACCCAAUGUUAACCUGCCUGCAAACCAAAUGGCCCAAUAUCGAGGUCAACUGGAACGACUCCCGGACGCCUUCACUAAAUUGACCGAUCGAUGCGUUGUUUUCGUUGAUUGCGUGUUAGAGCAGAGGAGGGGGAACCCCUUUUCCGCAACACACACACACACACAUACAAAUACGACAAAGCGCGCGCUCGUUUUGUGUGCGGCGUGGUGUUAUCCUUUUACAAUCCGAUAGGCUUCGAUAACAAUCUCCCAUUCCUCCCCCAGAGUUACUGUUAAUGGUGUACAUUGCAAAAUAUUUCUUUCCGCAGAAUAAUAAUAAAUCAGAAUGAUCAGGCCGUGCUUUGCGUAGUGCUGUGUAGAGGGGGAACAUGUCACUUUUCCAUUAAUUUGGACCAAAAUCCCUCACACAUCUCUGCCGUGCAUGGCCCGAUCAUCAGUUUUAGACAUAGAAGGUAUAAUACUUGACUCAAACAUUUAAAAAAACACACCCACACAGCUGGAGCAAAACCCAUCACACAAACUAAUCUCAAUAGAUAACUGGACCCAAAGUAGCUGAGAGAUCACUAUUAAUACAACAAAAAAACAGUAGUACCUACUAAUAGACACAGUUCGUUUAAGCGUCAGAUAACUCAUCAAAGCAGAAUACAAAAAAAUACCACAAAACCAAAUAAAACACACUCUUAACUCUAACCAACAACCAAAACCAGAGACCAGAAUACGAAUAGGCACCGCCGGGCGCUGGGAAGAAGAAAGAAUCGAUAUUGAAGUGACCUGCGAAUGUGUGUACUACACACAGUGUAAUGUGUUUUAGUUUAUUUCCUCACGAGCGGAAUAUGUAUUCAGCAAAAACGAAAAGAAAAAAAAAUCGUAGUAGGAAAAAAAAUAAGAACCCCCGAGAACGAAAUCAAAGAUAUGUACCGUGGAAUGAUCGAAAAUAUAUAUAUGAAAAUUAUUAACAGAUA